AAAAGAUUCGGCUUUAUUACCUGGAGGCUGGAAUACCAAAAAACAAAACAAUAAAAAUUAUAUUAAAAAUAAGAAAAACUAAAUAAACAAAAAAUACCAAUUAAAGGGUUCUGCCGUUUCCAAUUUCGCGUAAAUAAUCCCAACACCCACAUCACAUUGUCAUUCAUCCUCCAAGUUGUCUUCCUUUCGCCGCUGCUUUUAAAUUCAACUUCCUUUCACUAUCGAAAUUUGCGCUCUCCAAUUCCAAUUCCAUUACCAAAAUUUUCUUCCUUCUUCAGGAUCCUUUCCCCUCAUUUUGCUCUCUCCUCUAACAAUCUCUCCCCUUCUCCUUUGAUUCCUCCGCCACACCAUUCUUGGGAUAAGAUGGGUUUUCACGAUAUGUUGUAGUGAAACAGAGGAGGCAGCUGUUGGUUUUGCAUAUUCCAUUAUUUUUUUCCAGUAAAUGGGCUGUGUUCCGUCUAAAGGAAGAAGGCAUUUCCCUGGCUUCGAGGAUCCUGUUUUCCUUGCUUCACAAACGACUUUUAGUGUCAGCGAAGUUGAAGCUCUAUUCGAGCUUUUCAAAAGCAUCAGCAGUUCGGUGAUAGAUGAUGGGCUAAUAAACAAGGAAGAAUUUUUAUUGGCUCUCUUCAAGAACAGGAAGAAAGAAAACCUCUUUGCAAGCCGGAUCUUUGAUCUAUUUGAUGUGAAGCACAAAGGAGUUAUUGAUUUUGGUGACUUUGUUAGAGCGCUCCAUAUAUUCCAUCCAAAUACUUCUAUGGAAGACAAGAUAAAUUUUUCAUUUAGGCUUUAUGACUUAGAUAGUACGGGCUUUAUCGAACGAGAAGAGGUUAAGCAAAUGUUGUUAGCACUUCUUGGUGAAUCUGAAAUGAAGUUGGCUGAUGAGACCAUCGAGGCGAUUCUUGAUAAGACAUUUUUGGAAGCGGAUACAAAGCAAGACGGGAAGAUCGACAUGUCAGAAUGGCAAUAUUUUGUUUCCAAGAACCCCUCGUUAUUAAGGAUCAUGACACUCCCUUAUUUAAGGGAUAUAACGACAGCAUUCCCGAGUUUUGUGUUUUAUUCUGAGGUGGAUGAGGCUGCUGCCUGAAGAAACUACAUAGAAUUGGAAUUGUGAUUAGCUAGAUUACCUGUUAAUGACAUAUUUUUAUUUUGGUUAUUCUUGGAAACCAAACAGUUUGAAGGUGAAAUAAUGAGGGGGAAAAAAGAAAGAAAUUAAAAAAAAAAACAAAAAACUAGAAGGAUUUUAGAUUUUUUUUUCUUAGAAGAAUUUGGGAGAAGUCCUUGUGUGAGCAAUAAUAGUGCUCGGUUUUAUGUAAAGCAUCUUCAUCUAACUUUUGCAGUUAACAUUUCACAUUAGAAAAUACAUUCCUUUUUUCUUU